AUGUAUAUUAAUUGGACAUUUGCGAACAAUUUUUCCAUUCACGAUCUGUAUGCAGCUGCAGGUGUGCGCCAGCAAACACUUGAAAGACUUACUAAAGAGCUAUUCGUUACCUUCCAUUGCUUUUGUACUCGCAAAGAUAUACAAUGCUUUGAUGUGGUACUGGAGGAUACAGACAUAGCAAAAGCACUAACAGAUUAUGCUGCCCAUGCUGCAAUUGAGAACUUGGUUCUUGGUGCAUCUCGUCAUGGUUUUAUCAGGAGAUUGAAGACGGUAGACAUACCGACCUGUGUAUGCAAAGUAGCGCCGGACUUCUGCACUGUUUAUGUUAUCUCGAAAUCAAAGAUCUCCGCUGUGCGGAAUGCUUCUCGUCCAGCACCAUUCACUUCCCCUCUUCAUAUCCAAAUACACCAAAUGCAGGACCAUCCUAAUGGUGGUAAUAAUUUUUCCACUGAUGCAGGUCCCACUCCCAGGCAUACUCCCAGUCUCAAAGUUACAGGAAGGACACCUCGAAAGUUGAUGCUUCUUGAUGAACACGAUUUACUCAAGUCUCCAUUUUCAAGGCCACCAAAAGGUUUCAAUGGAAAGUUGUUCGGCGAUCUCUCAGAAUCUGAAUCAGAUAUAUCAUUCAUAAGUUCUGAUAGGCCAAGCACGGAUCGUAUGAUCCUCGAUGGCAUGGAUUCGGGUAGAACCUCACGAUUGUCAACCAGCUCAGAAAGUAGUAAUGGCUCAAUGCCCUCAGUGGCCAAAUGGAGCGCAUUCAGUUCUUUUACUGACUUCUCAUCAUCUUCACUUGAAAAUGAUGAUGUUGAAGCUGAAAUGAGAAGGCUAAAGCUAGAGUUGCAGAGAACAAUGGAAAUGUAUAGCACUGCCUGUAAAGAAGCUCUAACAGCAAAAGAAAAGGCAGUGGAGCUCCAACGAUGGAGGAUGGAAGAAGAACAAAGAUUAGAAGAGGCUCGAUUUUCAGAGGAAGCAAAGAAAAAGACUUCUCAACAAGAGCAAGGUAACUCCAAGGCAACCAUAGAGAAUAAUGAAGCAGCUCAGAGAAUUGAAGAAAUAGAAUCACAAAAAAGAAUGAAGUCUGAAAUGAAAGCCAUUGAAGAAUCAGGCGAGGAUCAAGACACGUCAAGUCCAUUAAUUUCAUUAAGAUACAGAAGAUAUACUAUUGAUGAAAUUGAAGAGGCAACAGAAUAUUUUAAUGAAUCUCGAAAGAUUGGAGAAGGAGGGUAUGGUCCUGUUUUUAAGUGUCGUCUUGAUCAUACACUAGUUGCAGUUAAGGUAUUGCGCCCAGAUGCUGCUCAAGGAAGGUCACAGUUUCACCUAGAGGUUGAAGUUCUGAGUUGCAUGAGACACCCCAACAUGGUUUUACUGCUUGGAGCUUGCCCAGAAUAUGGUUGUCUAGUAUAUGAAUACAUGGCUAAUGGUAGCUUGGAAGACCGUCUCUUCCGGAAAGGAAACACGCGGCCACUCUCAUGGCAACUUCGAUUCCGUAUCGCUGCAGAGAUUGCCACAGGCCUACACUUUCUUCACCAAACCAAGCCAGAGCCACUGGUUCACCGUGAUCUCAAACCAGGAAACAUUCUUCUUGACAAUAACUUUGUAAGCAAAAUCAGUGAUGUUGGAUUGGCUAGACUCGUCCCUCCUUCUGUAGCAGAGGAUGUAACACAAUACCGAAUGACAUCAACAGCUGGAACAUUCUGCUACAUUGACCCUGAAUAUCAGCAAACAGGAAUGCUUGGGGUUAAAUCUGAUAUUUAUUCCUUUGGAAUUGUGCUUCUACAACUAUUAACAGCCAAACCAGCAAUGGGCUUGAGUCACCUUGUUGCCCGAUCAAUUGAAAGGGGGACAUUUAAAGAGAUGCUGGACCCUUGUGUGCCGAAUUGGCCUGUUGAAGAAGCCAUGAACUUUGCAAAUCUAGCAAUCCAAUGUGCAGAACUAAGAAGGAAAGACCGCCCGGACUUAGGCAAGGUUGUUUUGCCUGAGCUUGAUAGAUUGAGAGAUUUAGCAGAAGAAAAUAUGAACCAUUUCUUUGUGGGUGGCAGUGCAAGUCCCUCCCCCAGCCACAACCAUGCUUCUUUGGCGCAGGUCAGUCAGAGAGAAAAUCUAAUAAUUAAACUGUCUUUAGCUAUUACAGUUGCAAGUUUCCUUAUGCAUCGGGAAAAUUAUAUCAUCUGGUUCAUAUGUAAUUCCAAAUGUUCCCAAACUUACUACUGCAAUUAAAAUAGAGAAUUUUCAUUACAUUUAAGAAAUAUACUUUGGCCCUCCUCAUUGUCUUUAAAACAUUCUAUGUUGCAUAUAUAAAGGUUCUAUCUUGAAGUCUCAUGGGCACCCUAUCUAACCUAUGUGGACCAUAAUAUGUUGCACCCUAUUCAUGUGUUGUACUAACCAUGUGAAGUAAAAUUUGACUUGCUCCAUAUUUGAAAGCAAUUUCUUACCAAAGAACAUUACUUUGAUACUAUUUGAUUGAAUUUUUGUUAAGGUCAUAAUUUUCAAGACCUCAUGAAUUAAUUCCAAAAUGAUCUAAACAACUGAAGAUGCUUAUGCAGGAAGUGAAGAGUGAUCCUCAAAUACAAUCUGAAUACAGCAAUUGCAAGCACUGUUCAAGCUCAGCAUCGCUGCCAGAAGAUUGGUCAGGUACGUUUUAAGAAAAUGUGCAUAUUUU